ACCGCACACAUGAGGACAUUACAGAUCAGAGACAGCACAUGUGUUGUCUUGUUUUCGCCUAAAUUCUACAUUUCUUUCUUCCACAUAGCUCGUUUUUGCGAAUGAUGUGGAAAUAUAUACCGAAGUCGUGUAUUCACGUUUCAGCGGUGUCUCUAAAGAAGACUGCUGCCGAUAAACGCUGGCUGGUGCGACAGCUCAGUGACCCUUACGUUAAAGCUGCUCACUUUCAGAAUUACCGCUGCAGAAGUGCCUUUAAAUUAAUCGAGAUGGAUGAUAAAUACACUAUAUUGAAACCAGGUUUCACUGUUGUAGAUUGUGGUGCUGCACCUGGAGCAUGGAGUCAAGUUGCAGUUCAGAGAGUAAAUUCAUCAGGAGAAAGUACAGAACUUCCUAAAGGACUUGUAAUAGGAAUAGACUUAUUACGCAUAGCCCCUUUAGAUGGAGCCCACUUCCUGUCCUGUCAUGACAUCACAGACCCUUCAACUCACACAGAGCUGGAAAGGCUUCUUCCUGAAGCUCGCGCAGAUGUCAUCCUCAGUGACAUGGCCCCUAAUGCCAGUGGGCUCAGAGAAUUGGAUCAUGAAAAGCUGGUCACUAUGUGUCUUUCAAUGCUGGACUUGGCAGAGAAGGUUUUGCACCCUGGAGGUUCAUUGGUUUGUAAGUACUGGGAUGGAGCAUUGGCCCAUAAGCUUCGACAGAGGCUUUCUCUUAUGUUUCAGGAUGUAAGAACUGUAAAACCAAAAGCAAGUAGGAAAGAGUCGGCAGAGCUUUUCUUUCUGGCGAGGAUGUUCAAAAAGAGAUAACGUUUUUUUUUAAAUAUCAUAAAAUAAAAUUGCUGGACUGGUUGUGUUCAUUUGAAAA